AGAUAGCUUCAGGCCGGUGGUCCCCUCGGCGCCGGGGUGCCUCCCGCGGCUUGCGAUGGGCGGCACCACAAGCUGCUGCGCCUGCGGGAGCGCGGUUAAUCACGUCGCCAUCAUUAUGUUACCAAAUAUGUGUGCAUGGCGGCCCGAAGGAAAGGCUGCAUUCAGGACCCAGGACGAAGAACAGAGCAUCACCGCCAUGACUGCAGAGUCGAAAGAGGACUCGAUGGCGACGAAGUCCGAGAUGGUCGUGCAGAGCGCGAGCGGGAGCUCUAUUAAGGCGAACCCGACGCUGCAGGCUCUGCAGGGCCGCUGGACACGUCAGGGGGACGCGGUGACGAUGGGGGAGGUCAGAGGCGACAAGAUGCACUGGAGCGAGGACCUGUGGGCUGGCUCCAAGCCGGGCGAUCUCGAGAUGGCCCCCUCUGGGAGCGUCCUGAUGUCCCUCGAGACCGAGGGCCGGCGAGAGAGCUUCAGCGGGCAGCUGGCGCCCGGCAACGCGGAGCUGAGAUGGAGCGACGGCGAGG